GUCGUUUUGACAAAAUGGUAUAUGUAAAUUUCCCUGUAAAACUCACAGAAGAAGAGGAAACACUACAGAAGAAAUAUGCUAAGCUAAGAAAAAAGCGGAAGUCUCUGCAGGCGCAUAAGACCGGCAAACAGGACCAUCAGCAAGGCAACACACCUCCUGUCAAGAGAUUGGCCUCUGAGGCCUCAACAGAAGAGGCCAAGGAAGCAGCUAAAAAACUUCUCAAGUCAGGGAUAAUAAAAUUGAAAGAUGAUUCCAAAGACAAGCACAGUUUCAAAAGAUCCAAAAAUUUUGAGAAGAAGAUGAAGGAUACAGAGAAGACACCCACAGCUGUGGGCUUUCAGCCAUUUGCCGCUUUUCACCAAGAAGAGGACGAAAGACGUGAUGAGUCUCGACCUCGUGUCAAGAAACUGUACGACAGCUUUGUAGGCUCACGAGAAGGGAGGGAAUCCAGGGAUGGCCGUGAAGGGCGUGAUUCCAGAGAAGGCAGAGACAGGAGAGACUCGAGGUAUGAGCGUGAUGACAGACGUGAGAGAGAAGCGCCCAAAAAGGGCAACACAAUCUACGUCCAUGGUCAUGGUGUGAAUGAGGACCUGCUGAGGAAAGCCUUCUGUAAUCUGGGCACUAUCCUCAACAUCUCAGUGGAGAAGGAGAAAAACUGCGGUUUUGUCACCUUUGAGAAAAUGGAGUCAGCCGACCAGGCUAUUGCUGAGAUGAACGGGUCGAUGGUGUCAGGUGUCCAGAUGAAGGUGUCAAUGGCGUUCAGACAGCCUGUGUUUGAGGGUAACACACAGGACCCCUCAACAUCCUCAUGGGCGUCUAUAGCUGCCAGUAAUUCACAGAAAGGUACCCACAGAGACAAGAGAGAGAUGGUGUCCUAUGACAAUGACGAUAUCUUCUGAUGUCCAUAUGUACAGAGUGGUACCAGCUUAGUCCACGUCUCCUGCAGCUGUCUGUUAUCCAGGACAGCUGUUAGUGUUUUCAUCCAACAUGACUGCUGGACAUUGAAGAGGGAUCUCACUAAUUUAGUUGGCAGAUUUUCCACAUUAUAGGUCUGCAGGAACAAUGGAUUUGCAUGGGUUGAAACUGAAAAUUUGACUCACUGGGAUGGAAGUCAAAACAUGUGACUCACUGGAUGGAAACUGAUUUGUCAUUCAGAGGCUUGACACUGACCAUGUGACUCACUGGAUGGAAACUGAUUAUGUCAUUCAGAGGGUUGACACUAACCACGUGACUCACUGGAUGGAAACUGAUUUGUCAUUCAGAGGCUUGACACUAACCAUGUGACUCACUGGAUGGAAACUGAUUUUAUCAUUCAGAGGAUUGACACUAACCACGUGACUCACUGGAUGGAAACUGAUUUGUCAUUCAGAGGGUUGACACUAACCAUGUGACUCACUGGCUGGAAACUGAUUUUGUCAUUCAGAGGGUUGACACUAACCACGUGACUCACUGGAUGGAAACUGAUUUUGUCAUUCAGAGGGUGGACACUAACCACGUGACUCACUGGAUGGAAACUGAUUUGUGACUCACACGCGUUGACACUGAGCAUCUGACUCUUGACUGGAAACUGAUUAUGUGAUUCAGAGGCUUGACACUAACCAUGUGACUCACUGGAUGGAAACUGAUUAUGUCAUUCAGAGGAUUGACACUAACCAUGUGACUCACUGGCUGGAAACUGAUUUUGUCAUUCAGAGGAUUGACACUAACCAUGUGACUCACUGGAUGGAAACUGAUUUUGUCAUUCAGAGGGUUGACACUAACCACGUGACUCACUGGAUGGAAACUGAUUUUGUCAUUCAGAGGGUUGACACUAACCACGUGACUCACUGGAUGGAAACUGAUUUGUCAUUCAGAGGCUUGACACUAACCAUGUGACUCACUGGAUGGAAACUGAUUAUGUCAUUCAGAGGAUUGACACUAACCAUGUGACUCACUGGCUGGAAACUGAUUUUGUCAUUCAGAGGAUUGACACUAACCAUGUGACUCACUGGCUGGAAACUGAUUUUGUCAUUCAGAGGGUUGACACUAACCACGUGACUCACUGGAUGGAAACUGAUUUUGUCAUUCAGAGGGUGGACACUAACCAUGUGACUCACUGGAUGGAAACUGAUUUGUGACUCACACGCGUUGACACUGAGCAUCUGACUCUUGACUGGAAACUGAUUAUGUGAUUCAUAGGGUUGACACUAACCAUGUGACUCACUGCGUUGAAACUGAACAUGUGGCCCUCUACUUUGAAACUGA